AUGCUCAGAUCACCAAUAGAUGUCAGAACUACAUCUCGUCAGAUUCCUAAAUGGGGCCAUAUACCUAACACAUCCAUCCAGUCAAAGCCUCUCAUGAUAUAUCAUAAAGCGUUUGAUGCAUCGCCAGAUGACCUCGCGGCACAUUUUGAGGAGGUCGGUGAAGUCAUUCCACAGUGGGUCUAUACCAUGUACAGCGAAACACACUUCCAUAGCACAACGCACGAAGUCCUUGGCGUCGUCUCUGGUCGUGCUCGUCUCUGUUUUGGAGGGGAGAAGAAUCCUUAUCGCUUCGAGCCAACAGUUGAAAAGGGGGACUUGAUCAUCAUUCCUGCCGGUGUAGGUCAUCGACUUUUAGAGGAUCUUGAUAAAGGGGAGAACUUCGAAAUGGUUGGUGCCUACCCACGGGGAAAACAAUGGGAUAUGUGCUAUGGGAAGCCAGGAGAGGAAAGAAAAAUUCGGCAUAUUGAAGAGUUGGAGUGGUUCCAUGGAGAUCCGUUGUUUGGAGCAGAUGGCCCAGUAAUGCAUGUAGGAUAG